AGCAGGCUGAGGUCAGAAGUGCCUGUCAAGAUGGAGGUGAACCCCCCGAAACAGGAGCACCUGCUGGCGCUGAAAGGUCCUGUUUCUUCUGAUUUGACAAGAGAGACAAAUUUGUAAAUAAUCAAUUACAUUCUAGCUCUGAAGAAUUCAGCUAAGAAAUUUUCUCUUCAUUAAGAGUUAAUGGAUUAGUGCAGAAUGACUACUGAAGUAAUAUUACAUUAUCGACCAUAUGAAAAUGAUCCCACGCAGCUGGCAAAAAUUGUAGAAAAGGCAAUCCAAGACUUUCCUACUCACCCUCUAUCAAGAUUUGUUCCUUGGUUUCCACAAGAUGGGUCCAAACUUCCACUCAAGCCUAAAAGAUUACCACCAGCCAUUUCUGGAGAGGCUGCUGAGACUGUGAAACAGCGCCUAACCAUUUCAGAGCCUAGCAUUAAGUCACAGAGCUAUGACUGCACAGUAGAUCUUUUGGAAUUUCAAACUAGUGUGAAAAUGCAGAACUUAGUCCAGUCACACACACUGAAUGAACAGACUAGUUCCGGAAGUUUGGAUAAAAAUUCAAGAAAAGAAAAUCAGCCCAAGAAGAGAUCCUGGAGUGUUUCACUUGGCAGUAAACACUGUCCAGAAAAGUUUUUUCCUUUGUCUAAAAAACUGCAAGCUAGUCUAAAGACACUACAUUUGCACUCCCUUCAUAGAGCAAGAUGGACAUUAGAAGAAGACAGUGUUUGCAACAACCAGACGCUGGAAGACAUUUGGACAAAACUCAAUCACCUUAUCAGGCACCAUGAACUUCCUUCUUGUAAUGCUACCAUCCAGAGACAGUUAGGCCAAAUAUGGGUGUUCUGUGACAUCAUGUAUUGUGAAUAUGUAGGAAGUCUUCUUAAAGAGAGAUUAUCUCUGGUUGGGAAAAUUAAUUUAUUUGUACAUAAGUAUGGCGUUAUUUUUAGUAUGUGAAUUCUGAUUAUCAAAAAAUAUUCUGAAUGAAAUAAAUAAAACAAAUAUGGACUGAAAUUAACAUGAAUAAAUUUUACUGAUCAUUACCUUAAAUUUUGAUGCUUUUUUUAUACUGUGAAGAAAUAAUUGUGUAAAUGUGUACAGUUUGUGACCAGUAUAUAAAUAAGUAUCUCAUUAUUUGAAGGCUUGUCAGUCAAGUCAGGAGCAUUCUAGAUUGUUCAUUAGCAUUCUUUUAAGUAAACUGUGAUGAAUUAUUGUUUGUAAUAAAAUUGAAAGUAAGUGUUCUAUUUAUCCCACUGAUUGAGUUUAAAUGAUUUGAAUUUUAAUGAUUACUUAAAAUCCUUACUUACCUAAGUAAAUGUGGGCUGUGUGUAAAAUUAAAAGUCUUAACACAAGUAUGUCUGAUUUUUUAUUUUCCAGGAUUUAUCACAAGGUUGCCAAUCAAGGGUUA